GGCAACCCGGGCAAUUGUCCAACGCUACUAUGCUAGCGGCAAGUGGAUAACACUCCGCACUGUAGUUAGCUUCAUUCUUACGUAUUUUCGUCGCUGACGAGCUUCAAACUCAGAAAUAUGGCAGGAAAGAGAGCGUUGGUCAUCUUGGCAAAGGGUGCAGAGGAGAUGGAGACUGUCAUUUCGGUGGACAUCAUGCGAAGAGCUGGGAUUGCAGUGACGGUGGCAGGGCUGACUGGGAAGGAUCCUGUCCAGUGCAGCAGGAACGUCGUCAUCUGUCCCGACGCAAGCUUGGAGGAUGCAAGCAAACAGGGCCCGUAUGAUGUGGUGGUCCUUCCUGGGGGUUUGCCAGGGGCCACAAACUUGGCAGAGUCUCCCGCUGUCAGCGAAGUGCUCAAGGACCAAGAUGGCAGGAAAGGCCUUAUUGCAGCCAUCUGUGCAGGUCCUACCGUUCUUCUGGCCCACGGGAUUGGCUACGGCAGCACAGUGACCUCAUAUCCUGCUAUGAAGGAGAAGAUGAUGGCUGGAGAUCACUAUAAAUAUUCAGAGGCUCGAGUGCAGAAGGACGGACAUUACAUCACCAGCCGUGGGCCCGGAACCACUUUCGAAUUUGCCCUGGCGAUUGUAGAAGAACUUCUGGGAGCUGAGGUUGCCUCUCAAGUCAAGUCUCCGCUCCUUAUGAAAGACUGAAUGCAGCCAAGUGACAUCCGCCAAGCUCACAGGCCACAACGUUAGGUACACUUGUUUAACUAUAUCAUACAAUAUAUGUAAUCGCAAACCUCUGCAAUAACAAUCCUUGUUAGAAAUGUGUUAACCUUCCAGCACAUUUACUGUUAUGCUUGUAGCUGGCAAACUGCACUGCAUCGUUGUGAGAUGUGCGAUAUUUCACCCUCCCUUGUAGCUUAUAAGGUCACAUUUCUACCCCACUUAAAAACAAUUUAAGAUGAACACCUUUUGUAAACACACCAAGCUACUUUAAAAUAUGUCCAUGACAAAAUUACUUGAUUUUAAAGUAGUACCCAAAUCAAAGGAGACUGGGGCGAGUGGGAAAUUCCCCAAAAAUAUAGUCAUUAAAUCAGUUUUUCAAUGAGAGGUGCACACUUUAAAACCCCUGCAUUGAAUGACUCAUACUAUAUCUAAUAGAGUGUCUGGAGAUGACUACUAGAAUCUGACUUGUGGGCGGAGCUUACUUUAUUUGCACUUACAAUCAUUAUUGAUUGCACAGCAUUUCUAAACGAGACUUACUAAACCUGGUGUUAAAGCA